GAACUUCCCGCUGCUUGCCUCGCUCCCCCGUCUUCCUCUCAUUCCAAUCAUUCCAAUUCGUGCCUCUCACCACCAGAAACAAUCAGUCGACAUCCCUAAGCUUAUCCAUUCAUUCUGCCUUUCCCUUCUUGGCUGUCUGAUUACCUUUGACUGUCAUUUACCUGUUUCUUCACCUCAACACCGCUUCGCCAACUUUCAGACCAAACUCGACCGCUCUUUGUUGACUGUAUAUUCCGGCGGCUGAGCGUUCGACAUGGUUCUCAUUGAGAAUCAAGAGUACCUCUGCGAAGAGGAAAAGCGCCUCAAGCAAGACCGAGAGCGCACUGCUUACUGGAAGCGAUGGGGACCCUACGUUGCCGAGAGGCAGUGGGCAACUGUUCGCGAAGACUACUCCCACGAUGGAGAUGCAUGGAGCCACUUUACACAUGACAUGGCCCGAACGCGCGCCUUCCGGUGGGGCGAAGAUGGCAUUGCGGGCGUUUCCGACUCGCAUGGCCUCCAGAACAUUGCCUUUGCUUUCUGGAAUGAGAAAGACGAUUUCCUGAAGGAGAGGUUGUUCGGCCUGUCAAAUCCUCAGGGCAACCAUGGAGAGUCGAUCAAAGAAUGCCACUUCCAUCUGGACAACACGCCUACGCAUUCCUACAUGAAGUACCUCUACAAGUAUCCGCAGCGCAAAUUCCCCUACGAGGACCUCAUUAAAGAGAACGCUAAUCGAAGCCGACUGGAAAAGGAAUACAACCUUAUUGAUACUGGAGUCUUCGAGGAUGAUCGAUACUGGGAUAUCUUCAUUGAGACUGCAAAGGAAGCUGACGAUGCGGAAGAGCUUUUGUUUCGUGUUACCGCAUAUAACCGCGGCCCGGAGCCAGCGCCGCUGCACAUCGUCCCUCACGUAUGGUUCCGUAAUACCUGGGCCUGGGGCCACGAAGAUCUCAAGAAGAAGCCUUCAUUACGGAAAAUUAGUCCAACUACGGCACAUUCAAAGCACUAUAAGCUUGGAGAGCGCUACUUUCAGCUCUCACCCUCUCCAGGCACUGGCUCGAGCGGUGAGGACGUUCAGCCCAAACUUCUUUUCACAGAAAACGAGACGAAUUACAAGGCAAUCUGGGGCGGUGAGAACAAACACCAGUAUGUCAAAGAUGGCAUUCACCGCCGUAUCGUAGACGAGCAAAUGAAUUCCGUAAAUCCGAGGGAGUUCGGCACCAAGUGCGCGGCCUGGUACGCUUUUGACGAAGAUGAAGGCGUUCAGCCUGGAGAGUGUGCCGUCGUGCGAUUUAGGUAUUCACGGAGGUAUGAAGGAUACCUCGACGAAGAGCUUUUCGACGACAUCAUCGAGCAACGACGCGCCGAGGCCGACGAGUUCUACUGGCGAAUUAGCCCGCUUCCGAUGGCUGAGGAUCUCCGAAAUAUCCAACGCCAAGCCUUCUCUGGAAUGUUGUGGUGCAAACAAUACUACCAUUUCAUCUGGAACCAAUGGGCAAACGGCGAUCCGGGCAUGCCCCCUCCACCAGCCAGCCGAAAGCAGGUUCGGAACAAGGAGUGGAAACACAUGUACCUAGACGAUAUUCUCUCCAUGCCUGAUUCUUGGGAAUACCCCUUCUUCGCCGCGUGGGACAGCGCUUUUCAUUGCAUACCUUUGGCCAUGAUCGACCCUGAUUUUGCCAAGAAACAACUAGACCUCUUCACUCGCGAAUGGUACAUGCAUCCAAAUGGCCAGCUUCCAGCUUACGAAUGGAACUUUGGCGAUGUGAACCCUCCAGUCCAUGCUUGGUCACUCUUCAGGGUUUUCAAGAUUGAGCGCAAGAUGUACGGUCGUGAGGAUUUUGACUUCCUUGAGCGCGUGUUCCAAAAACUGCUCCUCAACUUCACAUGGUGGGUGAAUCGAAAGGAUGCGGAUGGCCACAAUGUCUUUGAAGGCGGGUUCCUAGGCCUCGACAAUAUUGGCGUCUUCAAUCGAUCAGAGCCUUUGCCGACGGGAGGUGUUCUUGAACAGGCCGACAGCACCGGCUGGAUGGGCUUCUACUGUCUUAACAUGCUUAAUAUCUGUCUCGAACUCGCCAAACGUCGCCGUAUAUAUGAAGACAUGGCGUCAAAGUUUUUUGAGCACUUCAUCCUCAUCAGUGACGCAAUGCAGUUCCGGAUGGACGGAGAAGAGAAACCACUUUGGAACGAAGAGGAUGGAUUCUACUAUGAUGCCAUCUCCUGGGGGGGACCAUGGAGUCACCAAAUGCCAGUUCGAUCCCUCGUCGGCCUCAUCCCUCUCUAUGCGACUUUGACAUUAGAGCCCGAAGUCAUCAACCGAUUUCCCGACUUCAAAAAGAGAUUAGAUUGGUUCACCGCCAACCGCAGCGACGUCGCCAAACGGAAUAUGGCUUCGAUGAAGAAACGCGGCAAAGACGAUCGUGUUCUCUUAUCUCUAGUUAGUGAGGACCGCUUGAGACGGAUCCUCUGCAGGAUGCUAGACGAAUCAGAAUUCCUGGCUGACCACGGAAUCCGAUCUCUGUCGAAAUACCACAAAAGCAACCCAUACUCUAUGGAUGUUAAUGGCCAGCGCUUUCAAGUCAGUUAUAUUCCCGGGGACUCUGACAGUGGGCUUUUCGGCGGCAACAGCAACUGGCGUGGGCCAAUUUGGCUCGCUGUCAAUUUCCUUCUCAUCGAGUCUCUCCAGCGAUUCUUCCUAUACUACGGCAACAAGUUCCAAGUAGAAUGUCCCACUGGCUCAGGCGACUACAUGCAUCUCGGACACGUUGCCGAAGAAGUCCAACAUCGUCUUCAGCACCUUUUCGCCCGAGGCGACGAUGGACGAAGAGCUAUCAAUGACGGAAAUGAAAUGCUGGAUUUUGAUGUGCACUGGAAGGACUACAUGUGGUACCAUGAAUUUUUCGAUGGAGAUACUGGCCGUGGGUUGGGAGCAACUCAUCAAUGUGGGUGGACUGGCUUGAUUGCUAAGAUGAUCCAUGACACAGGCAUGACUUGUCGACUCCCACAAACACCACGUACGCCAACCACCGCGGCUGCCCACUACUUCGACGACAUCUUCACUAGCACUGGAAAACCCAGGAAGCCACAUCACCUUCGUCGAUCUUCAACAAGCAGAUCCAUUGGCCACCGCAGCGACUGGGAAACCUCAACUAAUGGCGACGAAGAUACUGCCUCCCCUAUCAACCGCAAGAGUUCUAUUGGAUUCCUCGACGCUGAUUCCAUCAAACGAAAGGCCGAGGUCGAUAAACAUGUUGCACACUAUGUCAGCGAUCAACUUGAGCGGAUAAAGAGCAACGAUUCGGCCGAUGUCGACUGCGGAGAGUUCGAGACGUCAAUUGAUGGAGCAUUCGAUCCGAAGCCUAGUGGUGAUCUGAAUGGCCAUAACAACUAUUUCACCAAAAAUCCACUGGAUGGCAAAUAAGUUGGAGGACCUGUCAUAGCGUUGUUGAGGGGAUUAAUAGGGGGGUAUUGAGGAGAAGGGAUAGCAAACAUUGCAAAAAGCUCCACGCACCAGAAAAGUUGACAUGCAUCAAACGGGGCUCGAGAAUUUAUAGACCCAGAAUUGACCUAGGGGCAGAAUCACAAGUCCUAUUACUCCCCGAAACGCUUACCUCAACCAUUCUCGCACCAUGCCUGGAGGAAUGAAUUUUAUCUUUGUACUAGUCAAGUCAUGAAUAGAUUAAUCAUUGUAUUAUGCCUAGUCUCUCUUGAUUUAGUCUCGACUAGCCUCUUAC